AUGUCAACCGUUCACAACCUUGGCAACGAAGCCGUGGCGCCAAAAGAGAUCAAAUCUUACCUACGCAACCACUCGGAGACUCUUGCGACCCAGCAAGAUAUCUACAACUGCAUGGCGCAAGGCAAACGAGACCUCGCCAAGGGCCAAAGUAACAUACACGCUCUCGCUAAUGAGCUUGACAGCGAGGGAUUUUGGAAUCGAAUGCAGCUCGUUGAGUAUGGACGGGUCACAGGCGUGUUAUUUGCCCAUCCACAGUCACUUGCAUCCUCAAGUGCUAUCCGGAUUUGCUCAGAUUGGACUGCAUUUACAAGACGAACAAGUACAAGAUGCCUCUUCUCGACAUCGUUGGAGAUGCCUGUCAAAGAUCAUUCUGCGUUGCCUUUGCCUUCCUGA